CUUUUAAAUGGAAAUCACUAGAGAGCAAUUGGGUAAUAGAAUAAUGACUUAGUUAAUCGUUUUAUUUUAUUUUUAGCAAGUAUAUUUAUAUGAUGAUAAAGAAGCUCCAUUCCUAUUUAUCCUCAAAGAAUGGGACUAAUUUAACUGAUUUGGAAAGAAAUUUUCCGCAGUUUGAGAAUAUUAAAGACGUUUUGGAAAGCAGGCCAGAUUUAUUUUGGAUUGCUACACACAAUGAAAACCAUAUCGAAGUUCGAGCAAAGUUGAAUGUGAAGUUGUGUUACUCGUAUUUAAAUAGCACAUGUGGUGGAGAUUGUGGCUGUUUACAUAUAUGUAAGGAUAACUUAUUAUCAAGGAAAUAUUGUCAAAAUCCUUGCAAGUUUGGAUUUUCACACAACCCUAAGGAUGUGCAUAACUGGCCUUUGUUGUCAAAAUACAAAGGAUCUAAUUGGGAACUUUUACUUAGGGCAUCUUUUCCUCGGUUAUGUACAUCUUUUUCAAGAAGCGGACAAUGCAAAAAGUUAUAUUGCGGGUACCUUCAUUUGUGUUCAGAUUUUGUCAGAGAUAGUUGUGUUGGUGAGUGCAAGUUAGCUAACUCCUGCAACCAAAGUAAAACUAAUCUUCAUAAUUGUGGUAACGAACAUAACAAAAAAGUGUUAAAGAAUUUCGAUUUAAGUUACUUAAAAGGUGAUCGGAAUGUUCUGCUUGCCAAUAUUCUUAUGAAAAAUGAUGGUGCAUUCAAUGUAGCAACUGGGCCGGAUCUAAAAUCAUUUUACCCAAGGUCAACAACCAACAAUACUUCUGAAAAUCCAAUGUUUAUAUGUGCAAGUUAUUUGAAAGGAGACUGUAGGAAUCCAUCUUGCCCACGAUUACAUAUGUGUAAAGAAUUUUUAAUAAAUGCCAAUAAAUGCUCCACAGAAGAUUGCAAGUUUGGAUUCUCCCAUGAUUUACUUGAAGGUAGUAAUAAAAAAAUUAUAAACCGACAUAGUUUAGAUUCUCUUUCUGACUGGAGAUUAUUAGAACACAUAAGAAGUUUAUUUCCUCGUAUCUGCAAGAAUUAUCAAAUUGGUACUACUUGUACAUCUGAACAGUGCAAUAGAAUUCAUAUAUGCCCAGAAUAUUGCUCUGAUUCUUGCAGUGCACAUAAUUGUAAGUUUUCACAUGACCUGCGAGAUGAACACAAUAAUAAUGUAUUACAGACUUAUAAUUUGCACAAUAUCAAGGAGAAGGGAAAAUUCACUGAAAAACAGUUAAUUUUAGCAAACGUACUUUACUCAAAAUCCAGAAGUAAAACAAACAGGAGUAGUGGUACCCCUUCCAAUGAAAAGUUAACGUUAUUAAUGUGUAAAUUUUAUUUGGAUGGAAACUGUAAACAAAAAAAUUGCCCUCGAUUACAUAUGUGUAAAGAAUUUUUAAUUAAUGGUAAUAAAUGUGUUGCUGAUAAUUGCAAAUUUGGUUUUUCCCAUGAUCCAUUAGAUUCUCAUAACACCUUCAUAAUGAAGAAAAAUGGAGAUGAUCAACUUCCAAGUUGGGUGUUACUUGAGCGUGUUCGUAAAUCAUUUCCACGUGUGUGCAAAGACUACCUAAAUGGUUCAUGUUUGGGUGUAGCUUGUAGAAGAAUGCAUAUUUGUCCUAAUUAUUGCAACAACAUGUGUGUUGGUGCAGACUGCACACUUUCACAUAAACUUAAAGAUGGUCAUAACAUGCCUAUUUUACAAUUUUAUUCGUUGGACAGAAUAAAAGGAGGUACAGAAAAGUUCAUUCUUGCAAAUGUUUUAAUAUCAAGUAAUGAAGGUAUUGGUUCUAAGUCAUCAAAUUCAAAGUUGUCCAAAAAUGUUGGUUCUGCUGUUUUAUCAAAUUCAAAUUUGUCCAUGAGAAAUGAUUCUACAAACUCAUCAAAUUCAAAUUUGUCCAUGAAAAAUGAUUCUACUAAGUCAUCAACUUUAAAUUUGUCCAAGAGGCGAAAUAAGAGUUUUACAAUUAAUGAUCUAGAUCGAAAUGUUUACGAGGAGGAAUUUGCCAAGCAGAAUCAUGAACCCUCUGAAGAAGAAAUAUUUCAGUACAUUCUUAACAAUAGUCAAAAUGGAUAUUGUCCAAUGGCGAAUUUGCUGGAAUUGUUUAAUUUUGAUUUGAAAUCAGUUGAAAACUGGCUGGAAAAGUAUAAAUACACAUUUCGCAUUGUAUCCGCUCCUAAUAAACAAAAGUUUGUUUAUUUAUGCCUAAAAGAAAUCCGACCUUGCCAUUAUUAUUGGAAAAAAGGCAUUGGUUGCAGAACUAGUCAAUGUAAAAUGUUUCAUAUUUGUCGUGCCUUGCUUAUUGAGAAAUCGCACAAUAAGCGUAUCUGCAAAUUUACUCAUGAUUUUAAAGAUGUUCAUGAGAAGAUGUUAAUUGACAAAUUUCCUUGGAAGUACAUCACUGAAGAACAGAUUUUGCUGCUGCUUAAGAUACGCUAUCCAUACGUUUGUGCAGAUUAUUUAAAGAAGAAUUGCCAAUAUGGAGAAGAUUUGUGCCCAAAUUUGCAUGUUUGUUAUGAUUUUAUGAGAGGAAGCUGUAAGAAGCAAGAAAGCCUUUGCAAUUUUAAGCAUGAAAGUGGUGCUUCUGGAAAACAGGCGAAAAGACUGAUGCAAGAAUAUCAGUUGAAUGAAAAAGAGUUUCGAAGCUGUAUAAUUCUGCCGAAAAUUAAUGCGGAGGAAAAUGUUGUUUGUAAUGAUUCAACAGUGCUAAAAGAGCAUUUUAAUUGGUUAAAAGAGGAAGGUAUUUGUUCUGGAUAUUUGGUCAGUGAAUGUGAAGCUAAAUCAAGUUGCCAUUUGAUUCACCCAUCUGCAAAAUUGCCUUAUCUAUGGCAAUAUAAAAAUGGAGAUAACACUGAAGAAUGGAAGAAUUUGCCUGUUGAUGUAAACAUGGAACUGGAAAAGGAGUUUUGUGAUCCAUCUUCUCUUUCUUACGAAACUGGCAACGUAUUUGUUUUGUUCUCUUCUAACUAUCCUUGGUAUGGUCAAUACAACACAAUUGAUGUUUUUGUGCGUCGUUUGUCUACCAUAUCCUCUGUAAAGACCAUAACUGAAGAAGCGGGAGCUACUGAGUGGAAAUGGUACUGGCAUAGUGGUGGUGACACCUGGAUAGAAUAUGAUACUUAUACGACAAGCGAUGAUGUUGAGAAAAACUAUUUAAGUGGAAGCUCAUCGCACCAAUUUGAAACAAACGAGUAUAAGUAUAAGCUUGCAUUUCACUCAAUGAAACAGAAAAAUCUGGAUGAAAGAUAUCAGACUGAACGAGAGGUUCGAAGGAGACCUGUGUAUAAAGACAAAGAUUUGAUCAGAACAAAGAAAGCUAGCCUUAAUUUAACUGCCAAGAUUCCAGCGCAUUGGCCAAAGAAGUUUAAACCUGGGGAACGGAUUACUGUGGAUAGAUCAAUCUAUGGGUCACUUAAAACGUCUUUUAAAGCGUCCAUCGCCACUAAUGUGCAAGUGCUUAAUAUUGAAGAAAUCUGUCAUGAGGACCACCACGACAGAUAUGAGAGAAAAAAGAAAGAGCUGACAAAGAAAAUGUCUAGCGUGAAUGAAAAAACACUGUACCAUGGCACUGAAUGCACCGUUGUCGAUGCCAUAUGUGCUCAAAAUUUUGAUUGGAGACUAUGUGGAAAGAAUGCAACUAUGUAUGGCCAGGGAAGUUAUUUUUCUACAUCUGCAAAGUACAGUCACAAUUAUACCACUCCUGAUAUGGCUGACGUUCGUUAUAUGUUUGUUGCUGAAGUAUUGGUCGGCCGUUGCGCUAAGGGCAAUUCGACAAUGAAACGGCCUCCACUCCUUCCUAACUCGAAAGUUGAACUGUAUGAUAGUUGCGUGAAUGACCUUUCUGACCCAUCCAUUUUUGUAGUGUUCGAGCGAGAUCAAUGCUACCCGAAAUAUCUAAUUUCUUAUAAAAUCACAUCAGGACCAGAACAUCGACGUUCCUACGUCAGUCCUUCUAGCUCAAUCCACAAAACAUCAUCCACAUAUUACCAUGGCUCUCGCACUACUAGCAAUCCAGUGUUUCACUCCACCAAUUCAACAUCUGGUUUUAAUCCCCUUAGCUCGAACAACUUUAGUAGUACCGGUAGUUCAUUGUCUUACGGACAAACAUCAUCCAUCAACAACUCCACCAAUUCAACAUCUAGUUCUAAUCCAUUUAGCUCGUACAACAAUCGUAAGACUAGUAGUUCAGUGUCUUACGGAGAAACAUCAUCUACCAACAACUCCGCCAAUAAUCCGUAUCGUAAUAUGUAUGGAUCAAGCAGUUCAGCAUCACCUGGGCUAGGAAGAUCAGCUUCUAAUAGUUCGGCCAAUCAGGCUGCUUAUAUUGGUUACACUUAUCCAAGCAGUGCUAGCUCAUCGACAUAUCGCAAUAGAUCCGCUGAAUCGACGACAUUCCAAAAUCCGGAAAGGGAUGCUUCGGGCAGCUCAUCUGAAAGGAAAUGUAUUAUUUCGUAAAGAUUCGUGGUAAAUUGUUCUCAGUUUAUUAUUAAAUAAUAAAAAGUUUUGGGAGGUGAUUAUUUGUUAAGAGAGCGAAGAGAAGCAAUUAUACUGCGUAACAUGUUCAUUAAACACUCUAGCCCUUGACUUAUAGGAUAAAUUACUUUUCCGCAAUAUUAGAGCGCUCAAUCGAUAAAUUAGGGUUUUAUUUUGUAAAAAAGAUCGUAUUUUAGGAACAUGUAUUAUUAGGAGAAGCCCUUGCUGAAAUAGCUUAUUCUGUUACUUUCAACGUUUUGUAAAUAGAACAAGAAGGAAUAGCUUUUUUUAAUUUUUUUACUACUGUGAAAACGGUCUGUGGUUUCUUUAAAUUUAAGCAAGUACUCUCCUUAAAGUCAAAAACAAGACAUAGCUAAAUCAGCUGCGUCUUUUAAUAUGAUAAUGUAUUCCAUUAAACGCUUCAAUGAAUGUAUAGAGGUAUUAUUAUUUGAAAGAUGCAAUAAAUGGAGUUAUAGUAAUUAUACUAAAACUACUUAUACUAAAAGAAUUUUAAAAUUUAUAUAAAUUUUACAGAAACUGGCUGUUUCGACUAUAGGUUAUUGGUUUUUCUUUUACGGUGUUCUCUUGUUGUUGUUAAAGAUUUAUUCCUAUAUUGUAGAUUUGGUGAGAAGUAGAAAUAAAAAUAUAGUCUAUGAAUAA